AGCGAUGGGUUAACUGCGUACACGACUGAGACACGCAAGCAGACAACACCCUCAGGGGGGCAUCCAUCCAUCAAUCCAGUCAUCCGAUCGCUUUCAACAAGACACACACCACGACAAGAUCCGUGCGUCAUGCCAUCCAUCCGUCCAUUCAGCGGGCCAUCGGCCUCCACAGCACAUCAAAUCAAAGAAGUAGAUCACACGAACGUAACGACACACAUCACAUGUCGACGAGCAAAAGAAGAGAGAGAGCCUCAAGGCAAGAAAGACUAAGCAACCGAAAGGCAUGAAACUACACACCUUUGCUGCAAAACGCAAACGAACAUGUGACUGCCAUGCAUGGACCCGGGCACAAGUCGGUCCAGUCCUGCGGCUGGCGGUGGAAUCCACCGAUCGUUUGGGUCCCUCCCUCCCGCCCUGUCCGAUUGACCGGGGGGGAAAUGAGCCGCCAGCCACUUCACUUGUCAAUCCACAACUCCCCAGGUGCACUGCACACACAAGUGCCCAACAGCGUGCCGUCAGUCAUACGACCAAUGGCCCUCCCGACAUCAAACAUGCACACAAGAUGACGUCUGUUGUUGGCUUCACUCUCGUCUCCCACUCGCCCUUCUUCUCAUCACCUUGUGGUUUGUAUUGGUCGCGGACGUCCCGUUUUUCCACCGCACAUAGAUGGUCCAUGCAAACGACCCGACUCGCCAUGAAACCGUCACCAGAGUGAAGAAGGCCGAAACGAUAAAGAGCAUCGGGUUGCUGGCCUCCGUCGCCCACACGAUCGUCAGCACCAAGAUAGGCACUUCCAGCAGGGCAAAGGCCACAAUCCAGAUGUGCUGGCAGAGGGAGGGAGAGCCGCGGAUGCCGUAGUGAAUGAACAGCGACACGAAGUCAGCCAGCGAUAAGCCCAGAAUGACGCUGCCGACAACUAGAUAUCCUUGCUCUUCUCGUAGGUCUUGCGCUUCACUUUCUAGACGACUUCUCGUGGUCGCCACGCACUCCUCAUCAUCAUCACUCAACGGAUAUUUGGGGUACCCACAAAUAGCAAAUGCACGAGGCCAUGGAUCAUAUUGGAACCAGCUGCUUAUUUCCACCCCCACCGCCGCAUCGGUAAUGAGGUCCACGGCCAUUCCCACGACGGCCAGCAGUUUAUACAACCGAAUGAAAGUGAGAUAGUCCAUCCCUUUGAGCCACCGCUUGACCACCGAGCGGUAGAGGAAGGGCUCUGUCUGCCGAGCCUUGGCUAUGCGCUCGGCCGUCGCCGAGGGUCGCCACCCUGCCCGACGGCAGCGGCACGAGAGCCGAUUGUGAUCGACGUCGAUUUCCCUUCCACCCGUCGGGCUGGUCGACGCACGGGCAACUCGCGGCUCCGACAAGACAACAAAGAGAGCGAACUGCAGAAGCACCGCACCAGCCACCCACGCCAGUGUGGCUAAGGGGUCACCUGAUUCGUUAGGACGACCGCCGUCCCAAUAGAAUAACUCCUUGUGGAGAGGGUUGAGCUGCUGACGAAACAAGAAAUAGAUGACAAUGAUGAGGACAAUCGAGCAGUAGAUGACGCAUCGGAUGCCCCACCAAAGAGGCGGUGCGCACAGACUUCCCAAUCCAAUCAAGAGCAUCAGAAAGGGCGGUGUCCAUAUCACAAACGCCGACUCGGAAACAACGAGCAGCCGAAUAUCCUCCUCGUGCUCCAUGGCAAAGCGGAAGAAGUAGAACCAGCCACCCGACCACCAGAGUGCAUAGAUCACGACGAGGCCGAUGAUGAGAAGGAAAUGCCUCAGAGGGUAGUCCGUCAGCCACAAGGUCACACAGCCAAUCCGCAGCACCAGAAAGCCCCACAGAUCGCCCUCCUCAAGCGAAGCAUCGCCAAGCGGAGCCCGGCCGUCCACUGCAGGGGUGGAGACCGAUGUCGAGAUGGUGGUGGGAAUCUCUGAGAACCGAGCGCCGCCCUCGCCAUCUCCUUGAGCCUUUGGUUGAUGCUCCGGUGACUCCACUGGCCUUGUCGUCAAGACGUCCACUUCAGAAGCUGAUUGUCUGAGGACAUCUGGGGGAUCAGCCGUGGCAGGAGGAGCGACGCUGACAGACGUGGGCGGCUUCAUAUCUGCCUCCACUCGGAGAGCCGAUCUUGGAGAUCGAGAGCCGUGCGAAUAAAGAUGCCUUGCGCGAAUCUCUC